CUGCGCGGCCUUAUCAGUGGCCUGUGAGUUACAGUCAGCAUGGAGCUAAUGGCUCAUCUAUUAAACUCCAGGCCACACACUGAGCAAACACCGGACUCAAACGAGCACUGUAAGAGGAAGAUGUGCCUUUCCCACUUGUGUUGACCCGUCUCCCUCCUCUUCCAUGUCGCCAUGGGGCUGCGAGGAUCCAAACUACCGGAGGCCAAUGUCCUCCUCCUGGGCCUGGACAACGCGGGGAAAUCGACCUUCCUCUACAAGCUGAAGCACAACAUGAGUGUCAACACCGUGCCCACCAUCGGCUUCAACGUGGAAAUGCUCGAGGCGAGGAAGAACGGCAAGAACAUCCACGUGACCGUGUGGGACGUCGGCGGGCAGAAGACGAUGCGGGAGCACUGGAGGGGUUUCCACCAGGACGCGGCGGCGGUGGUGUUCAUCGUGGACAGCUCGGACACGGCGCGCCUGGAGGAGGCGCGCAGGGAGCUGGAGAGCACCCUGAGGAGCGAGCGGCUGCGGGGCAGGCCGCUCAUCCUCCUGGCCAACAAGCAGGACGUGAACGGAGCGCUGACCGCCACGGAGCUCAAGGAGAGGUUCAACCUGAGGAAGGCUGCGGGUCGGGACUGGUUCGUGCAGCCCUGCUCGGCGUCGACGGGAGUCGGAGUGGACGAGGCCUUCAGACGGGUGGUCCAAAUGGUCAAACUCCCGGCAGACCCCGCGACAGUGAAAGACAACAUCAAGGACAGAGUGCACCACAUUAAAGCGAGUAGCAGACACUGAGUUUUAUUUAUAUCAAAUGUGAAUUUUGAAUCCUCCCAAUCUAAAACUGUUUUUAACAAUAAAUCAUAUUUAAAGAGA